AUGGCCAAUUCCACUUUCCGCUUCCUCGAUCUUCCGAAAGAAUUGCGCCUUAUCAUCUACGAAUACAUCCCCAUUACAACACGCCAUCACGUUUGGGAAGACACGGUAAGACAUUCUGGAAACACCAUUACACUAGUUGUCAAAUCGAUGUCGACCGGGAUACUUCUCGUUUCUUGUUCGAUCCACGACGAGUGCAAGCCUAUUCUCGACCGCAAGCUCAAAGCUCUCCAAGUUGAGCCACUACGUCUCAUCGUCGACAAGCAGAGUUUGUUGACCCUGACGAGACACAAGAACGGGGUGUGGCCUGCCGCGAACAGCCUUUUUUGGUGUCUGAAGGACUUCAUGAGAUUCAAGACUGGACAGAGCCACUCACAGUGCUGGGAUGAGGGCAACGUUCAAUUAUCGGGUGUCAUGUUGAACUCCAAUGGGCCAGAAUACGCGCGCCUCAUCAAAUUCCUAAAUUUGAUAACGGAAUUCCGUUUGAAGCGUUUGCCUCGCUCCAGCGUUAUAGCUGUACGACACAUAGGCUUCUAUAGCGAGAGAUUGCAAGUGAGCAACGACUUUGUCAACCCUGCGCGGCGUCCAAUGUUCGGGUUUCCACCGCCUACUUGGACAUACUGCCCUCUGAAGCAGGAUAUGCAGCAAGACGAGUACAAUGUGAGGGACAACUUUACGGAACUGAUUCGCUUAUGCGGCAAUGACCCCCACUUGAACUUUAUCAAGUUCGUUGAGCCUGGAACGCCGGAAGAAUGGGCUAGAGAUUGGGAGGAGGGCGAAUGGGCGACCUCGACCUAG